UUUCGGCAAUCAUUUCUGAAGUUUGAAGAUGGCGCUCAAAUUGAUUUGCGGUCAGAGUUCAAGGGGCUCUCAUUCAGGGAUGUCCGUAAUGUUUGUUGUAUGGGCGACAUUUUUCUUCUUGGUCGUUGCAUCAGAACAAACUGCAGAAGAAAAAUGUUUCAAUCUAACUCUGGGAUAUCAAGAAAAAGUUUCACUCAACAUUAAAGACAAGAAAGAGACGGAGGCAUUUGCAAAUCAUUGGCAGUGUUAUUGCUACGAAGGACAAACACAAUAUCUGUAUCUUCUCUGGUCAAAUCCUGUGAUCAAGUUUCAGUUUGUUAAUAAUACUGUACCAGAGCAAUUUAUCAAAAUUCAUGGAGACACUGAGGAGGAAAUAAGGAAGAAGCGAAAUGGCCAGAACCCAUUUCUCAGCUUAAUCCAGCGACUGAAUCUUAUCUUCAACAAGGAUCGAGAGGAUAUAUCACUUAGAGCCUUCAACAAAAGUUGUGUGGCUGUACAGACAGACUCAUCUUUUAAUCUCUCCUUUAAUGUAAAAUAUGUUGAACUGUGGUAUGUUGCAUACCUAGCUGCAGGUAUUGUCAUAUUUCUAUCAGCAAAAAGCUGGAGUCAUAAUACAUACCUACACUACAGUACUGGUGUAACUAUAGGCGUGAUGGCUUCCAUUGUUUUCCUCCUGAUUUUCCUUCGGAGAUUGUUUCCUCAGAGCCUUCGAAGGAUCAGUUACCUGAUGAUCGCAGCUGCUACUUCAACGUCACUCUGGUUCUGGACAUAUUUCAUGAACCAGAUUUUUGACCCUAUCACAGGCACAUUGCUCCAGUACUGGCAAUACAUCCUAGGCUAUGUCAUCUUGACAGGCCUCAUCAGUUUCUGUGCAUGCUACAGGUACGGCCCAGUGACCGAUACACGCAGCCUCAACCUCAUACAGUGGUUCAUACAGUUGGUUGGACUCGUCCUGGUAUACCAGGGGACACAGAUACCCGAGUUGUCGGUGGCCAUCAUCGUUGUGCUGCUGACUCUCUAUAAUAUACCCAAAGGACUGUUUGAGAACAGAUUAACAUGCUAUCUCAGGUUCAAGUUUUUCACUCCAAAGCGUAAGUUUCUGACAGAAGAUGAGUACCUCAAACAGGCCAAUGAGGAGACUAAGAAAGCGCUAGAGGAGCUACGCAGCUUCUGUCAGAGUCCACAGUGUGAUACAUGGAAGGUUGUCAGUCUCCUGUCCACUCCUACAAAGUUUGCAAAGUUUGUGGAGGGAGAAUCAUGGCAUGUUACAGACGAGGAACUACUGGAGUAUGACAGUGGGCCUGAACCUACACCACCAGUAGAUCUAGAAUCUUUAGACGAGGAUGAUGAAAUGGAUUUCAUACUCAGUUCACCUUAGUUUCCGUCCUCAUUAUCAUUCAUUCAUUCCACCAAGUAUCAUCAUUCAUCCCAACAAAAUCAGUGGAAGGUGUUGAUCUGACAUGUGAACUUCAUUUUCAACUUGUGGAACCACACAGGUUUCAUUUAUUUCAUCCCAAGUUGAAAAAACUUUUGAAGUGGUUUCUUAGAAAUGUGAACUUCAUAUUGUAAGUGGAAGGGACAAUUUCAUUGUCGCCAGUUCAUUUCAACAAAAACUUUGUUUUGUUUAAUUUGUUUGGAUGUUUGAAAGGAAAACCACAUAUUUAUCAUAACAUUUUCAAAGGGCAAAUAACUUAAAAGUUUCUGUUUUUUAUGGGUUAAUGUUUUUACUGUGUAUGUUAUUGUAAAUAUUGCAGCUCCAUGAACAUAGCAAUUGUCAAUUAUGUAAUUUGUCUAAUUAUUUUGUAUCAUGUUUAUGUAACACUUACAUACAGUAUUACUCUGAGAUUAGCCAUCUUAGGUUUCGUGGUCGGAUUGUCAUGCUUUUAGCUCACCUGGUCCAAGGGAGGGACCUGUGAGUAAAUGUGAUGGUUUAGCAUCCAUCAUCUUUUUCUAUCACUACUAGGUCUAGAAUGUCGUAAUGGAGUUUUACCAGCCUGGAUCAUGAUCUUUUGGUAAAGGAAAAUCAAUUUUGUAUAAGGGGUGAAUCUGACACCCCUGGGGCCAGAGGAGUGGGCCCAAUAUAAAAAGUAACUCUUAAAACCCUAUCUUCUGUUUAAAUAAUGAAUUUUGAUAAAAUUUAGCUUGCAGCAGACUUGGGUGAGGGGAUUCAAUUUUACAGAAAUAAAGGUAAACAUCCUUCUUUUGUCUCAAUAAAAGGAUUUUGUCAAAAUUUUGUCCAUGGAUUGAGGGGACACAGAUUUGUAUGAAUAGAGCUUCUGACUCCACAGGGACUGGUGAGGCCAGAAAGGGAAAUCAGAAGUAGAUAUCAAACUAAGUAUCCUUCAUUUUUAUUCACUUUUAAUCAUUGUUGAAAUAAGGAGACCAAAUUAUAGACAAAGGUGUAGUGACAUCAUCAAUUGCAGGGUACUUAGAAGUGGAUC